UCAGUCUCUGUGCUCCGCGUCCUCGUACUUACCGCUCACGUACCUUCCGGACCGGGAAAGGCCGCCGCAAGAAAGCUGGGAAGGCCCAGAAGAACAUCUCCAAGGGAGACAAGAAGAAGAAGCGUAAGAGGAGGGAGUCAUACCCCAUCUACAUCUACAAGGUCCUCAAGCAGGUCCACCCCGACACUGGUACCUCCAGCAAAGCCAUGCCCAUCAUGAACUCAUUCGUGAACGACACCUGCGAGAGGAUC